AUGGCACAAGAAGCUAAUUAUGGUGAUAUUAUACUUCUAUGUGGAGAUUUGCACAUUGGUACAAGAAUGGAGAAGAUUCAUGAAAAAAUUGUUAGUGCUUUAGGAGUUAAUAAAUUAUAACAUGUACUUUGCACAGGAAAUGUGGGAAAUAAAGAGACUUUUGAUUGGUUAAAGUAAAUUUCACCUAAUUUUCAUUGUGUUCGAGGCUAAUAUGAUGAUGAAAAUAAUGAAAUCCAUAAUGAUCAAAAGGUAAUUCAAAUAGGAAUAUGGAAAAUUUUAUUGAUUCAUGGGCAUUAAUUUGUGCCUUGGAAUGAUGAAGAAACAAUCAGUGUAUUCCUAAAAGAAAGUUCAUGCGAUAUUGCAGUAUUUGGAAACUCUCAUUAAUCUUUAAUAAGCAAAUUUGAAAGGAAAUAUUUUAUAAAUCCAGGAACAAUGAGUGGGUCAUAUGGAUCAAUUAAAUAAGAUGCAGUGAUUUAACCUGAAUUUGUUAUUUUAGAAUGCUUAGGUGAUGAAAUGGGGGUUUACAAAUACAAAUUAAUAAAUGGAGAAUUAUUAAUAGAAAAAUGUACAAUUACAAAAUGAAUGAAUAUUUAUAAUUUUUCAGAGUUUAUUCUAAGAUA